GCCAUUUUGCAUCUUUUUCCAUCAGUCAAAUAAUUAAUUUACCCAGUUGUUGCCCUCCAUUGACCCCAUUCUUCCGUCCAAAAUCCCCCGGGAGGCAUGUCAAUUCAAUUAAUAUGCCUUACACUGUCCGGUGGCAUCCCGAUAUUCACGCGCAAGAAAGGAGAAGGUGAGAAUCUCUCCUUCUCGACCAUUGGAUCUCUCAAUGGUGUUCACAUGUUCUGCAAAAGUCAGGGACAAAAUCUGAGGAGUACAGCGUGGGAUGAUGGCCUUCUGGUGUGGCAGGAGUUCGCAGACACCUUCCUGGUCGUGGGUUUUGGCCGGGGAAUUGGCGAGAAAGUCCUCAGGCGGCUAAUAAACUCCACUUUUAGCAGCAUGAUCUUCACUGUGGGCCUGCCAGAACUUGAGAACUAUCACUCAGUGGAGCGCCUGAAGAGAGAACUCCAGCCGGCCUGGAGUGUCAUCGAUCAUCUCCUCGAGAGUGCAGAUUGUGAACUCAUUGGCUUUACGGAUUGCAUUCUCAGUCCACAAAAUGCAGCAAUUCUUGAAAAACUGACAGAGUUCUGUGGUCAAUUUGGCUCAGAUUAUGCUUGUUUAAUGAUCCGACAGAGGAUUUCCGCUGCCACCGAAGCCUGGUGGGAUUUGCACCCCGAUGAUCGACAGCUUCUGUUCACACUCAUUGCCACUUCGAGUUCCCUACAAAAGGACACGCCAGUGUUUUUGCCGCAGAAGAGUCCAACGAUCGCUUACAGACUCGUGUCAAUUCCUAUUCUGCAAAACAUCAAUAUUUGCCUCUUGUGCGGCGCCGAGCCGCCCUACAAAGACGUUGAAAACCUGGUGCAUCAGGUCUGGCGGCCAGACUUGAAGACACUGGAGUUGGCGGAGCAGUGCUUCCCACGCAAUUUUCCUGCCAGUCUGGAAUUGGACGCAGGAAUCUUGGGCAUCUUGCUGAUCAACCGCGCCCAGGCAAAAUAUGUGAUCUCCAGGAACAUUCAGCAAUCCAGCACGGGCAAGAGAAGCGUCUCCGGAGCCCACCGACUGGACAUCCUGCGCACCUUCUUCCACCAGGCAGCGGACAUGAUUGACGACUACCUGGGCAACUUGGCCGUGCACGCAGAGUCCUACUGGUGCUCGGAUUACCACAAGUGUCACGCGCUCGUGCAGGAGGACAACCUUAUUUGCGUACUAUACGUGGCGGCAAUACCCACGCACACGAUGCGUCUGAUAUCGCAGAAGACGCUCAGCAUGAUUGUGGGCAGCAAAGAUACUUGUUGGUAAUUUUUUUUACUAUUAAAUAUUCUGCUAUUAACUCUAUUCGCAACAAUUAAUUGAUGGAUCUACACCAAAAAAUUCAUUUUUAAAACGAUUUUACGUUGAUUUGAAACCAUUCAAAGUCAUAGUCAAUUCAUUGCAAACUUCAGGGGUUUGUGUCUUCACUACGCAAGUAAAAGGGUGAAAUAAUUUGUGAAAACAAUUAUUACACAUCUGAUUAGCGGUUUUCCAUGGCGCUCUGUGGCAAAAAAAAACACUUUACAAGCCUUCCAAUUGACCAAACACACCUAUAAUGAGCGAUAAAGAACUGAGAGAUUUCAAUUUGGCCCCAUAAUCUUGAUUUAUGAACACCUCUCAACAUCUACAAUGUUUUCCCGCGAUCGUGAGAUAAAAAGCAAGCUGCUCUUAUCAAUAUCCAGGGGACUCCGCGAGCCCAUUGUUGCCCCCGUCGUGCUGUUUCCACACGGAGCAAAAAAAAACUAUCUCUUUUUAUGCUGUUUAUGGUGACAUGCCUGGUAAUUUGGGGGUCAAUCGCGCUCUGAGAAUCGCGAUUGGUUGGUCUGUCGCAUUUUCUGUGGGAUGAUCUCACACACUCGCGUGAGACUCAUGUUUUUCCACCACAUCAGUUCUGUCUUUUUAAUCUCUGGCCAAAUUUCCCUGGCAACACAUGAUGAAUUUUUGAUUGCUCUACUCUCCAAACCUGAGACUAAGGGAAUUACUGUGAAGUGACCGAAAAAUAUGAAUUCUAAAAUACAAAGCUUUUGCUCACUUUCGUAGAUCUCAUCACAAAGAUUUUUCUUAAUUUUCAUACCCUUUUCACCGUAGAUUUAUCGUGUGAAAGGAUUCAGGUGACAAAUCAAAUACUUCAUAUUGGCGUACGUAAAGUAUUUCGACAUGUGACCUCGAAUCUAAAUUCAAGGCAAACGCAAGAUGUGCGUGUAGCAAAAUUGGCAAAAAUGAUGGUUAUUUUAAAGGAAAAAUGUUGCUAAACAGAUGAAAGAACUUCACCUUGAAAAUGUCCACCAGACAUGCCAGUGACGCCCAAAAAUCUGUCAAUCGCUGAGAUCUUUUUAAAGCCACAGUAACGCCGGAGAUUUUUUAAAUUAAAUAAUAGCAAUUGAACCAAUUUCGACUGUGAUGUUUUUUUGCCGUUCCUUCCAAGACGCGCGCGUUGCGCAAACAAUCCCGCGGGUAGUGCAAAAAAAAGAGUGGCGAGAAAAGAUCCAUGGGGAGAAAUUGUUUGUGGUGACUCUGUGUUGACCAAGAUAACCCACUAGAGAGAGAGAGAGAGUCCAACACAUUCGCAACGGGAUUUCCAAUAAAAGGCGGCGGAAGAGGAAUUUCUGGG